AUGUCAACUCGUUUCUCGGUCUAUUCUAGUCAUUCCACGGGCGUUUCCUCGUCCCGUCCAAGUGCUCCCUCAACUGUGACGACAACAACGCUGCUGAAUGCGCUGCAUGCACAUUACAACUCGGGGCAGCCCUAUCAACUGGAUGCAGGGACAAGCUUGGUGGUGAACACAUGGGUUACCGCUACCCGAGCAAACCCCAAUGGUCAAGAAGGAGGGACGAUAGAUCGGGAUUUGGCACUCAGAGCUUGGGAACAUGCACGAAGACGAGCAGAAGAUGGUUGCAUUGUGCUAUGCUCGACCCAUCAAUCAACUCCAUCCAUAUUUGAACCUUUCCUGGCGGCGCUACCUCUUACCACUCCGAACAUCGCAUUUACCGCUCUUACAGCUCUUCGACCCUUCCUGUCCGCUGUAACCUCCUUCAACCCUUCUUACUCUCUGUACUCUGCUCUGUCUGCUCGCUACUCCAUCAACCUGAAAGGUGAUGUUGUAGGCCUCUCACUGGCACUGUCCACGUCUGGCAUCAAUGUGCGCAAAGGCCUUCUUGAUAUCCCUACAGAGGCCGGUUAUCGAGCAUUUGACGUGUUCUAUUACCUUCUAGCGUCGAUCUCGACCCCUGCAGAGCGAGAGUUUCUGAACCUGAAAGAUGCCUCCUCGUACGCUCUGCUCAGUAAGUCGGGUACAUAUACGCCGCCUCCGUACCUUCCCACCGCCGACGACGCUGCUGCUGCGGAAGACUUCAGAGCUGCGCUCAAGUCGAUCGGCAUCAAGGGAGCGGCUCAGCGUGGUCUCCUGUCCACCCUUGCCGGUCUGCUGAAGCUUGGUAAUGCCACUGGCUUUUUGGUUGACCAGGAAGAUCUUGAGGAAGCAUGUGACGAAGUGGGUGGUCUGCUCGGGUUGGAUCCGGAGGUUCUGCUGCACAGUUGCUCCACUGAUGAUCGCGAGGUGCUGAUCUCGGGGAUUUACGAGGCACUGGUUGACUGGGUGAUUGAAAAGGCCAACGAGGCCAUUUCCAGCGAGCUUCAAGCGAUUCUCGACAACGACCCCAGCACCAGUGGUGGCUCUGGUCCUGGCGGCCAGUGGACUGAUGAUGACACGGUCAGCAUUUCUGUGGUGGAUAUUCCCAGACCUGCUCUAGGAAAAGCUGUGGCAGUUCGCAACGUGUUCGAUGACAAUACUGGUAUCAACGCGGAAAUGAAGGAGGAUGGCGUCACUGUUCCUCCUGUAGGACAUGCUAUUGCAAACGAUGUUUCCUCUGCGGUAGCUCAGGUUGAGGCGGACCUCGGAAUCACCACGGGUUCUGCUUGGCAGGAACGCGAGUAUGAACUCGGCAAGCGACAAGAAGUGCUGGAGAAGGUUGGGCUGGAAGUCGACAUGGACUCGUUCCUCCGAAAACUUUUGCUCCCUGUUGAAUCCGAAGGUAUCACGGUUGGGAAGCGGGGCCGGUUUGAUCUUCCCACCACGCUGGGAAGUAGCAGGGUCUGGCACCAUAUCUCCGUCCACCCGACUGAUGAUCUGCCCGAGACACUCAACACCUUCUCGCCGACGGCCGCCUGGUCAGCCGGAGUCGUGUCCCGGCAAUUGCGGGAAUGGAGACUUGCUGAAUGGGCCAACCGACGCCUCAGGCAGAUUGACUUUACGGCCGACUUCGACAUGGAUGAGUUCGUCGGCCGUUAUUGCCGUCUCGGAUGCGCUGAGGGUCGGGAUGGUGUUGAGAGUUGGUUGAUGGAGAGAGGCUGGACCAACGGAGAUGCCUUCGUGGGUCACCAGCGAAUCUGGAUGAGAGAAAGUGCAUGGUGGGAAGCUGAAACAAUGCUUGACAUGAAACCAGACGAGCCCGCGACGGCCAACCCUUUCCUAUACGGGAACACCAUGCUCGAUGCCGGGAUGCCCCAUUAUGCGGGAACUCCUAUGGCAGAAUCCACCAGCCUUCUGGGCAGUCGAGACGACCUUCUCAACCACCGCCAGAGCACGUUGGCGCCCAGCUUCCAUGGAGGCGCCAAAUCAAUCGCGCCAAGUGUCCCCCAGACUCUAAAUAUGGGUGGCGAUUAUGGUCUCGGCUCGAAGGGUGAUACUAGGAAGUGGGACAAUCCGUAUUCUGACGAAUACGCCCAUUAUAACAACGGCGAGCUCGACCCUGAAGUCGGCGACCCCAAACACAUUGAAAAGAAGCCCAUUACUCAGGGCCGACGCAUCUGGGUCGGAUUUGUCUGGGCGUUGACUUUCUGGAUUCCAUCAUUCGCUCUGCGCUGGAUUGGCCGGAUGAAGCGUCCCGAUGUCCGGAUGGCCUGGCGCGAGAAGCUCGUUCUGAUGCUUAUCAUUCUGCUGUUCAACGGUGUGGUUUGCUUUUACAUUAUUGCCUUUGGUGAUCUGCUCUGCCCGAACAAGGACAAGGCUUGGAAUGAGAAGCAACUAAGUUGGCAUGCUCUCGACAACGAUUUCUAUGUCAGUAUUCAUGGAAACGUCUACGACAUUACCAAGUUCUGGAGACUUCAGCACAGUGAUUCUUCGAUUGAAACGACAACGAGCAACAUGAAGCCAUUCGCGGGUGAGAUUCUGGAUCAGUAUUUCACCCCUCCGUUGACUCGCUUCUGCUCGCCAUACGUGACGGAGCAGUCAGUCACUCUGCAGUUUAACAACACCAAUGCCCUCGAGUAUCCCAACGCAGAGCACUACUGUGGAUCUUAUCACACCCCCAGUACCACCACCAAGCUGCACAACAUUACUUGGUAUGAGGACAUCUUUUUGCCCAAGAUCAAGACCUAUUACAAGGGUCCCCUUGUUUGGUCGAAGAGCACCGUACAAAAACAAGCAACGGAUAGUUCACGGUAUUGGGUCAUCGUUCACGACAAAAUCUAUGACCUUACGGACUACUUCUAUACCGCCGAAUUGUUCGAUAAUGACGACACUUACGCAUUCCUACCGUCGAGCGUAACCGACUUGUUCAAGAAUUAUGCGGGUGAGGAUGUUACCGACAAAUGGCAGAACACAACAGACUUCCAGCAGUCACAGACGUGUCUUGACUAUGUCUUCUAUAAAGGCAAAGUGGAUUUCCGUGACAGCCCCCGCUGUACGGUUAACAACUGGAUUCUUCUCUCGUUCACGGUUCUCAUCUGCGUUGUUAUCCUCGUUAAAUUUGUUAGUGCCCUUCAACUUGGCUCCAAGCGUCGUCCUGCACCACAGGAUAAGUUCGUUAUCUGCCAUGUGCCGGCGUACACAGAAGGUGAGGAUGCGCUGCGUAAAGGUCUCGACUCCCUCACGGCUCUUCAAUACGACAACAAGAGGAAGCUCAUCUUCGUCAUUUGCGACGGUAUGAUUGUUGGUGGCGGAAAUGAUCGUCCUACGCCUAAGAUUGUUCUCGAUAUUCUGGGAGUCGACCCGAAGGUUGAUCCCCCGGCGUUGCCGUGCAAGGCCAUUGGCCAGGGUAGCGAGCAGCUGAACUACGGCAAAGUGUAUUCUGGUCUUUACGAGUAUGAGGGUAACGUGGUCCCGUAUAUUGUCGUUGUCAAGGUCGGCAAGGAGUCGGAGCAGAGUCGGCCCAAACCUGGAAACAGGGGUAAGCGUGACUCGCAGAUCAUGAUGAUGCAGUUCCUCAAUCGGGUACACCAUCGUUCACCUAUGUCGCCGCUGGAGCUGGAGAUUUUCCACCAAAUCAACAAUGUCAUCGGUGUCGACCCUGAGCUCUACGAAUACUGUCUGAUGGUGGACGCCGAUACCAGUGUCCGUGAAGAUUCACUCAACCGUCUGGUUGCCGCUUGUGCCAACGAUGCACGCAUUGCUGGUAUUUGUGGUGAGACUAGUCUGCAGAAUGAAGAGCGAAGUUGGUGGACGAUGAUUCAGGUGUAUGAGUACUAUAUUUCACAUCACCUGGCCAAGGCGUUCGAGUCGCUUUUCGGUAGUGUCACAUGUCUACCCGGAUGUUUCUGCAUGUACCGUCUGCGGACCGCCGACAAGGGCAAGCCUCUGAUCAUCUCUGACAAGGUUAUUGAGGAGUAUGCAGACAAUGAUGUUGAUACUCUUCAUAAGAAGAACCUCCUGUCGCUUGGUGAGGAUCGUUUCCUGACUACGCUUAUGACGAAGCACUUCCCGGAGAUGUCCUACAAGUUCAUUCCGGAUGCAUACGCCAGUACGGCCGCGCCAGAGACCUGGUCGGUCUUGCUGUCGCAGCGUCGGCGUUGGAUCAACUCAACCGUGCACAACCUGGUGGAAGUGGCCAUGCUGAAAGAUAUGUGCGGAUUCUGCUUGUUCAGUAUGCGAUUCGUCGUGUUGGUUGAUCUUCUCGGAACGGUCAUCCUGCCUGCGACUUGUGUCUAUCUGGGCUACCUGAUCUACCGUGUUGCCAGUCACACCGGUCCCUUCCCUAUGAUUUCGAUUGUCAUCCUGGCAGGUGUUUAUGGUCUCCAGGCGAUCAUCUUCCUUCUGAAACGGCAGUGGCAGCACAUUGGCUGGAUGAUCAUCUACAUUUUAGCCUAUCCUAUCUACAACUUCAUUCUCCCGCUCUAUUCGUUCUGGAAGCAGGACGACUUCAGUUGGGGUAGCACGCGUAUUGUCAUUGGAGAACAGGGCAACAAGCGCGUGGUGGCAGUGGACGACGAGGGCUUCGACCCGCGCAGUGUGCCGCUACAGCGCUGGGAUGACUACGCGCUGGCCAACAACCUGCCGGGACGGCGCGGUGACUUUGGUAUGAGCCAGGAGAAGAUGUACAGUGGCCGUUAUGAUGACAUGGCGCUGGAGAUGGAUGACAUGCACUCGAACUAUUCCUCGGUGAAGCCGGCGUCGACGAUCCUGACUGGGUUCCCGCAUCACCAGGGCCGCCACGGCAGCCCGUACAUGCCCCCGCAAUCUCCAGCACCGUUUGCCAACACCCCGGGUAACCGCAACUCGCACAUGUCGAGUCUUACGCGAUACACGGAUCAGCCGUUUGCCAGUGGACAUAUGGCGUCACGGUCGGUGGGCAAUCUCAGUGUGCCGGAUGGAUUGACGAACCGCCACAGCGUGGGGCUGAUGCAAAGCACGGAGAACCUGCUCGGGCGGCCCAACUCGCGCAGUCCCGUAGGUGGGAUAUCGCGACCUGUGAGUGCGUUUGACUUCCGGGGAAGCGGCGGGCCCGACGAGGGGUCGAUCACCGAGGCGAUCCGCGCCUGUUUGGCGGAGGUAGAUCUGGACACGGUGACGAAGAAGCAGGUGCGCGCAUUAGUCGAGCAGCGACUACAAACGACGUUGAUAGGCGACAAGCGGGCGUUCCUCGACCGACAAAUUGACCAUGAGCUGGCCAAUAUGUAAAAAGUCGAUGUGAGGAAGAGACGGGAUGUAAUGGGUGUAAUUGAUUUUGUUUUCCAGUGUAUACGCGAGCAUACAUAGCUAUCAUUUGGCAGUAUAUGAAUUUCGGGCGGGCGUUAGCGUGGGCAACAUUCAUUGAUGUGUAAAAAUUGAAUGUGCAUUAUCAGCGUUAUGUAUACAAUGUUAACUUGGUUGCAUUUGUUGAUGACAGACAGACAGAUAAAACAAAUAGAUGCAUUAGCGCCGCA